AUGGAAGUGAACAAGAGUAUCUUCCAUGUGGCAUUUGCUAUUACUGAGAACGAAACUGACAAUAAUUGGUUUCUUGCUACACUUAGUGAGGUGAUAUACGGUGAAGACAACUACCGCAAAAUUAUUACUUUCGUAUUGGAUCGGUCAAAGGGCCUUAUAAACGCGAUCGUGAGAGUGUUCCCGUCAUCGCUGCAUGGUUAUUACCUACGAGAUUUGGAAGUGAACUAUAUGGAAGUGAACGCUAAACUUAGCAAAACAUUGCAUGAGCAAUGUUGGGCUAUAGUUGUCAAAACUGCAUACGCUUACACAUCCAAAGAGUUUGAUGAUGUCAUUACUAAAAUUUAUGAGAUGUACUCCAAUGUGGCGGAGUCAUUCAACACUUGGAUCAAAGAGGGGCACCAUUUACUGGUGACAAGCCUGGUUAACUCAAUAAGGAGGGAUACACAUCUUUAUUCGGAGAUACACAAUAAGGUUGAACUGAUUAUUGAAGAUAGCAGGUUCUUGAGGGUGGGCCGUUCAACGCCUGACACUUACGAAAUAGUUGAUAAUGACAAUAAUACUAUCAGUCUACGAAACCAGAAGUGUUCUUGCAAAAAAUGGGAAGUUUGUGGCCUCCCGUACAAGCAUGCAUUUGCGGUGAUCAUGCAAACAGACAUAAACGUGUAUAGAUACAUAGCCGGUUACUUCAGAGUGGAAUGGUACCAUCAUGCAUAUAUUGAACCUAUACCUUGA